AAGGAAUAAGCCAAUGACAGGAUGGCAAGUCAGACAAGUUAACUUGCAUAAAAACGUUGUUCGAGAUUGAGGUUGACUGUUGUAUGAGAACGUCUCCCGUUGAGGAUGAAAAAGAUCACAUUGUUAUUCAUUGUGUUGCUGGGCAUAGCACACUUUGUGGCGGUCAGUCGAAGUGAAGAUGAUGCUGAUUCAGUAGAGGACAUUGGAGAAGAGGGCGAUGAUGGGGAUGAUGACGAUGACGAUGAUGAAGAUAGCACGGAAGUAAAAGAUGAAAACGGAGUGCUGAUUCUCACAGAUAGUAAUUUUGACACUUUCAUAACGGACAAAGACACUGUUCUGGUCGAGUUUUAUGCUCCAUGGUGUGGACACUGCAAGCAAUUCGUUUCUGAAUAUGAGAAAAUUGCACAGACCCUGAAGGAAAAUGACCCACCUAUUCCAGUUGCAAAAGUCGAUGCCACCAAAGAGAGCUCUCUUGGAAGCAGAUUUGAAGUUUCAGGGUAUCCCACAUUCAAAAUUUUGAAGAAGGGGGAAACUGUGGAUUAUGACGGAGAUCGGUCACAGGAAGCCAUUGUGGCGAGGGUAAAAGAAGUCGCACAGCCAGACUGGAAGCCGCCACCGGAGGCUACGCUGGUCCUCACGAAGGACAACUUCGAUGAAGUAGUCAACAACGCCGACAUCAUCCUGGUGGAGUUCUACGCCCCAUGGUGUGGCCACUGUAAACGCCUAGCCCCUGAGUAUGAGAAGGCCGCCAAGGAGCUCAGCACUCGCACGCCACCAAUUCCUCUGGCCAAGGUGGAUGCCACUGUAGAACCUGAACUUGCCACUAAAUAUGACGUGUCUGGUUAUCCAACCUUAAAAAUUUUUAGAAAGGGCAAACCUUUUGAAUACAAUGGGCCAAGAGAGAACUUUGGCAUUGUGGACUACAUGAGUGACCAGGCAGGACCUCCAUCGAAGCAAAUUCAGUCUCUGAAACAAGUCCAAGAGUUAGUCAAAGACGGAGAUGAUGCGAUCAUUGUAGGUGUUUUCUCAAGUGAAGGAGACGCUGCGCUUGAAGUAUACAUGGAAGCUUGCAAUGUCUUGAGAGAUGACUACAAGUUCCGGCACACUUUCAGUAGCGAUGUGGCCAAGUUUCUGAAGGCCUCAUCUGGACAUGUGGUCAUGAUGCAGCCGGAGAAGUUCCGCUCCAAACAUGAGCCAGAGUCCAAGUCACUUGCCAUUAAGGAUUCUACAUCUUCAUCGGAGAUUCAAGACUUCUUCAAGAAGAAUGUGUUGCCCUUAGUUGGCCACCGAAAAAAGGGCAAUGAUGCCAAGCGCUAUACAAAGAGGCCGCUGGUUGUGGUGUAUUAUGGUGUGGAUUUCAGCUUUGACUACAGAAAAGCCACGCAGUUCUGGAGGAGUAAAGUUUUGGAGGUGGCGAAGGACUUCCCUGAGUACACGUUUGCCAUUGCUGACGAGGAAGACUACUCCGAUGAGCUGAAGAGCCUGGGGCUGAGUGACAGUGGGGAGGAGGUGAACGCUGUUAUUCUUGGAGAUGGGGGAAAGAAGUAUGCAAUGGAACCUGAGGAGUUUGACUCCGAAGUGCUCAGGGAUUUUGUCAUGGCCUUUAAAAAAGGCAAGCUAAAAGCAAUUGUUAAAUCGCAACCCAUUCCAAAAAGUAACAAGGGACCAGUCAAGGUUGUGGUUGGCAAGACUUUUGACGAAAUCGUCAUGGACAAAAAGAAAGACGUCCUCAUAGAAUUCUACGCCCCUUGGUGUGGACACUGUAAGAAGCUGGAGCCUGAUUAUAUCGCUCUGGGCAAGAAGUACAAGAACGAGAAAAACUUGGUCAUUGCUAAAAUGGAUACUACUGCAAAUGAUGUGCCUCACGAAAGCUACAAAGUGGAGGGCUUCCCUACAAUAUAUUUUGCGCUCAGCAACAAAAAGGAGAGUCCUAUCAAAUUUGAAGGAGGCAAACGAGAUGUCGAGAUGCUUAGCAAAUUUAUGGAGGAGCAUGCUACAAAGUUAUCCCAGAAAGAUGAACUUUAAGGGUUUUGAAGGACCAUGAACUGCAGUUUCUGGGGCAAUGAAUGAAAUUCCAGAAAAAAAGGAGUGAUUUGAUGCGGUUGUAACAGUUGUUACUGAGAUUUUUUUUUUUUCCCAUUGCGGAAGCACUGUAAACAAAAUUUCUAAGUUCUUUUUAAAUAAAAUGUGAAAAUGUUAA